AAAGGGUGGGUGUGUGUGUCAUGGUGUGUGUGUAUUUAUAACCGUGGGAGAAAGGUUUGAAUGUGUACAUCUCAUGGUAAAUCAGACAGGUCAGAAGCAGAAGAUGUGUGAGCGCGCGCGCGCACGUUUGUUGAAUGAAGAGACGCAAAUACACACCGCAGCAGCAGUCACAGCCACGUGGUCAGAACCCAACCCAACCCCACCCUACUGGACUAGGUCUACCCACAUUAAAAAAGAGGAAAGAGGAGACGAAAAGAGGAAGAGAGAUGGGGUGGAUCAGAAUAUUUUUGCCUAAAAUGAAUAGCCUUUACAUUUAAAAUAGAAUGUUCUAAAAGGGGAAUAUAUUCGAAGAAACACUCAGAAUCAAACAGACACACAUGCUUUCACUCAUGCACGCGCAAACCCAAACACACCAAAAUCCAUCGCUUUGUUUUGCCCAGCUUUAUGGUGGUGGUAGCCUACCAUUAGGAAUUUGGAGCGGUGAGAGGAGGGGCGUUUGUGUAUGUGUGAAGGAACAGUCGGUCUCCUCCCCUCGUCUCCCCCCGCCCCCUCGCGCCCCCCAUGCCUUUGUGUGCGCGAGGCUCUCUGUGAGCGGCGGUUCUUCAAGUGAGAUAUCGGUUCAUUUCUGAGCGCUGUUUGAGUUUGUGUGGGUUGUUCAAACAUAGCCUGGCUGACUGGGACUGGGGUGAACCGGUAGAAGGCACGUGAAACCUCGGAGUUUAUUCACACACGCGCGAUCAGAAGGAAAAUAACGGAGAAAUAUCGAAUAUCGGACUUUUCCCUUUCGUCUUACCCAUCUAUCAUUCUCCCUUUAUCAUUCUCUCGUCCUCUCUAUCCGCGGAGAAUCUGACCAACCUAAACAACCUGAUGUGUGUGUAUGUGUGUUUUGGGGGCGUAAAACAACUGGCAGCGCGUGAAGAUGGAUUAACGUUUGAACGGAAAACUGGAGCAGCACGCAAGACCUCGGCGAGGGGGGAGGGCAAGACGGGCCUCUGCUAACACACACAACCCGCGGGACAGAGACUCUGAUUGGACCAACACCAGGAUGAUGUCGUCACCAAAAGCCAAGACCAAGAAGAAACCUCCCAAAGACAGCAUGACACUUCUACCAUGUUUCUACUUCAUAGAGCUCCCCAUCGUCCUCUCCUCCCUUGUCUCUCUCUACUUCAUGGAGUUGACAGACCUGUUGUCCCCGGCGACCCCUGGGUUCCAUUGCUAUGACCGGGACCUGUCGUUGCCCUACCUGGAGACAGGAGAUGAACUGAUCCCUCUGCUGAUGUUACUGAGCCUGGCCUUCGCAGGACCGGCUGCCUCGAUCAUGCUGGGUGAAGGGCUGGUGUAUUGUUACCAGUCCAGAGUCAAACCGAGUAAAGCUGAUGGGUGUAACAUCAACUCCUUCCUACGGAGGACUGUUCGCUUUGUUGGUGUUCAUGUGUUUGGUCUCCUGGCAACAGCCCUAAUGACAGACAUCAUCCAGUUGGCUACUGGUUAUCCCACCCCUUUCUUCCUGACUGUCUGUCAGCCCAAUUACACGCUGCCUGGGAUAUCAUGUGACCAGAACAAUUACAUCACACAGGACAUCUGCUCUGGGAAAGAUAUGUAUGCCAUCCUGUCAGCCAGGAAAACAUUUCCGUCCCAGCAUGCAACGCUCUCUGGCUUUGCUGCUGUCUACAUCUCUAUGUAUUUGAACAGUGUGAUCAGCAGUAGUACUAAGCUGGUGAAGCCAGUGCUGGUGUUUGGAUACUGUCUGGCUGCGGGUAUAGCCGGACUGACUCAGAUCACACAACACCGCUGCCAUCCCAGAGAUGUCUAUGUUGGCUACGCCAUAGGAGCUGGCAUAGGAGUCUACCUGUCUCUGUAUGCAGUAGGUAACUUCAGGUCAUCCGAGGAGGACUGCCUCCCCCAGCCUGUCCGGAGGGCUGCCUCUCCCCCCCAGCAGCAGAGGGAGGUGGUGGUGAGGGGAAGAGCCCAGAGAGGUCAUGCUUCUCAGCACGGCUCUCUGUACCGCAGCAAGACACCCAGACCCUCAGACAGCAGGGAGGAACUGGGCACUGGACGCUGCAAGGUUCGUAGGGAGAAGGCCAGCGUAGCAUCUCUGAAGAGGGCCAGUGCUGACGUGGAGCUCCUGGCACCCCGCGGCCCCAUGGGAAAGGAAACCAUGGUAACAUUCAGCAAUACCUUACCCCGCGUCGCCAACGGCAGCAGCAGCACCUCGCCCCCCGGAGACGACCCCUCCAACCAGCGGCACAUGACCUUCCAUCUGUCCUUCGACCCCCGCAGGUCACAACCAAGGCUGCGACCACCGCUGGUGCAGGAGUGGAGACAGCAGCGCUCUACGGAGAGACGGAGCGAGGAGGAGGGAGAGACGGACACAUCUGGAGGAGAGGGAGGAGCAGGAGGAGGGGGAGAGACAGGGGUGAUGAAUCCUCCCUCCCUCUAUCCGACGGUACAGUCGGCCAAUCGAGCCGUUGCCACGGCUACCCCAGCGCCAGCCCCACUGGUGCAUAUCCCUAAGGAGGGGAUUAGACACCCCCCUACUGUCUCCCCUCUACCUCCUACUGUCUCCCCUCUACCUCCUACGGUCUCCCCUCUACCUCCUUCUGUCUCCUCUCUACCUCCCCCUGUCUCCCCUAAGAGUGCGGGUACGCGUGCCAAGUUGAUGUCACUCAACCAGGGAGGGGAACGAGUCAGGGAGGGGCCUAUCCCUGUGACGACUCCGCGUGUGCCCCACCAGCCGUCCAAUCAGCCGCCCAAUCAGCCGCGAGUGGUGCAGGUCAUUGCCAUGUCCAAGCAGCACGGACCAAUCAGCUCCUCUGCCAAGGGCUCUGACUCCGCCUCUUCCUGUGGAGGAGGGUCUUCAACAGGAAGCUCUGAGUCUCCAUACUACCGGGUCCCCUCUGACCAUGACAGCCACACCGGGAGUGUUACCGGGAGUAUUGUCACCAUCGACGCUCACGCCCCUCAUCACCCUGUGGUCAGGGUGUCUAGCAGUGUCGGUACCGGGAGUAACGGGACCCUGGGGGCCAGAGUAACAGCUGCCGGUAACGGGACCCCCUGGGAGCGGAGGAACACUACCAGCGGGAGCGUCGGUGAGCAGGGCCAGAGGGGGGCGCUACAGCGCCAGGAGAAAGUCUCCGCACCGGAAUAUCGGGAAUACCGCACACUUCCUGUGAAAUCAGACUCUAUCUGCUCCUCCUUUCCCAGCCAGACCGAUUCCUCCACCCUGCCUCCCCCUCCUCACCCCAUCUCCUCUCCACUCCCUCCCUUCUCUUCCUCCACCCUACCUCCGCCUCCUCAGCCCACCUCCUCCCUCCUGCCUCCCCCUUCUCCCCCCUUCUACUCCCCCCUCCCUUCCCCUCCUCCCCCCUUCUACUCCCCUCUCCCUCCCCCUCCUCAUCCAGAUCUGCUGUUGGACAGUUACUCCCCCCCCCUCCCCCGCUCUAUGACCCUCCCCCGCCGGCCCACUGUCUCAGCCCACAGCCGCGCUGAUCAAGAAGUCUAUUACAAGACCAUGCAGACAGAGAGGAGAUUAUAACGCGACAUAGAGGAGUUAUAAUAGACAGUAACACUAGUAAAAACAGACUACGAGGUCAGAAGAGAAAAUAGGGGACCUUACAGAGCGAGAGGUUAUAAGACGACAUAGAGCAGUUAAUAUAGACAGUAGUACCACUAGGUAACCAUAAAUGUGACACCGUUUGGGGAGCCCUAACAGUCAGGGGAAGUUAUUAAAUGUGACACCGUUUGGGGAGCCCUAACAGUCAGGAGAACUACUACAUGACUUAAAUGAGUGAGAGGAGGUUAUGAGACGACUUUGGAGUUAAAAUGUAAUAUAAUGGAGGUUAUAACUUGGCGUAGAGGAGUCACAAUGAUCCAGAAUACUACUUCAAUACUGAGAAAGGGUCCAGAUGGAAACAGACAAAUAGCUGAUCUACAAGACACUGCAGAGUAAGGCUUGGGAGGACUGUUAAGUCAAGGUCUAACAGUAGUGGAGGUUAUAACGCGACAUAGAACACUGCUAAGUCAGGGUCUAACAGUGGAGGUGGAGCGUGUCAGACUGAAGGUCUUCAGGAGCAUGGAGACUGGAUCACUAAAGACAACAGAAACAAUAGCAGCUCUAGUAGUUGGUUUACCACUGACUACUAUCUGACUAGAAUACUUUUCCAGUCUACUGCCUAUACUCACCAGCUGUACUAUACUGUACUAUACUAUACUAUUCUGUAUAUAGGAUGUCUCUCAGGUUUCCAUUCCACUUACUUACUGUAGAGACGAAGAAGAGGGGGGGGGGAAAGGAGGAAGGAAAGUGAACAUCUUGGAGAGGAUUACUACAGUAAACAAAGAGGGGGAGACAAAGACUGGAGGGGACAAUUGGCUUAACAAUGUGAACAGAUCCACACAGACACACACAUAGCUGUGGGAAGUCGUGUGGUGGUGGGGGUCCGCGCUACAGACCGCUAACACAGUGCACUACUUUUAGGAGAAUUGAAAAUGAAUGAUUUUAGAUUUUAUUUUUAAUUCAGAUUUUUAGUAGCACCCUACUACCCGUGGCUACACACACACACACUAACGCACGCACACACACACACUAACGCACGCACACACACACACUAACGCACGCACACAGACAGACUCAACCAACCACCUCCAAUUGUAUAAAAUUACAUGCAAUAAUAUAAAUAUUUUUUAAGCUCAUUUGUUGCUAAUCAAACCCCCACUGACAAUACAAUAAGAUACAUGGUGACUAAAGACUGUAUAGACUUGUGGGUGUGGUCUGUGUGCAUCGGUUGCCUAGUAGCAGAAUGACUUGUUCUGUAGUGGAUAUCCUCUUUUGAUAAUAGAACUGUUGAAUACUGGUGUUAGUCUGCAUGUGUAUGUAUGUGUGUGAGGGUGUGUCUGUCUUGCAUGUGUGUUUCUGUGGGUGAAUGAGUGUAUUCUACUUCAUUGUGUUUCUAUGAACUUGCAUUAUGACUUCUAAGAAACAGAAAUGCUGCAUUUUUCAGAGAUGUCAUUUAUUUACCUUUUUGUCUUUAUUACCAAUGUAAAUACUAAUAUUAUAUUACUGUCCCUUUUCAUGGGCUACUGUUUUUUUAAACUUGUGUUACCAGGUAAUGGUUAUAAACUCCUUGACUAAGGAAA